AUGUCUCCUGCCGGAUUACGGAAUGGUGUAGUGGACGCCCUUGUGAAAGCAUCCCCGGAGCUAGCUGCGUAUCCUCAUCUGUAUUCAUUCACGAGUACCAAAAGCGUGGUUCACUGGUUUCAGAUUAUCCGAAACAAAUGCUUUCAAAUGUACGAUGACGAUGUCCAGACUCCUAUGAGUGUAGCCGCAAAGGAUCGUUACUAUAAGGUAGCAAAAUUUCCAACUAGGAACAUCAGGACGCCAAUAGUACUCAUAUAUGGUGGCAGCGAUAGCCUCGUUGAUAUCCAAAUUAUGCUUAAAGAGCUACCUCGCCAUACUAUCGCAAAAGAGAUCCCACACUUUGAACACCUAGACUUCCUCUGGGCCGAGGAGGUCCACAAACUUGUUUUCCCUCAUAUUUUCGACGCUCUGCAAGUAUUCACAAGGUCCCAACAUUUGAAGGCUGGCCAAGCUGGGAAUAGGACGUCAAGUGGACACCAGUUGUUGGAUACGCCGCCGAGGGACAAUUGCUCUUUGAGAGCUUCCAGAUUCCCCCAGGCUUUCACAGACAAUUAUCCACGCCGGAAACCUGUAGGAAGCGAAUGUUCAUUGCCCCCAUUUCUUUCAAUGUCGACCGAUCCAAGCUCGACCUCUGGAGAUGAUACCGUGCAAAAAACUCGGCAUCCUCUACCGGAGUGGAAAACAAGUACAAAACAAAGUCGCCGGAGGGGUGCUAGCUCAUCAAGCCUGAGAAGCUUCGAUGGCGCCGCUACACACUUUAGUGAAGACGGCAUCAGCAUAGGAGCAAGCAAAGCAACUACAGGGAUCAUGAAUACCAACCUUAAUGAAGCCCAAGGACGAAGAUCAAUCGGUCGCAAGAAGUCCGAGCUCGCUUGA